GUGUAUGAACUUGGGGCAGAGAGAGAGAGAGAGAGGCCAUAACAAAUUAUUAUAGGGGCAGAUUUAUCCAUACUAGCCUCUGGAUAGUACAAUGGCAUUGCUAAGGUCGGCAGAUCAAGUCUCGCACGGGUUCAUAAGUUUAAGUUGUUUAGUGAGAGGUUACUGCUUUGGUUCGGACACCAUAGUGUCCAGACCACCAGAAUGAGUUUUGAUUUCAAGAAUAAGAAGAGGCACUUUGAUAAUGAUGAAGAAUACAGUCACAGGCAGCCCUUCAGAAGGAACUACCACAAUGACAGAGAGGAGAGAUCAGGGCCUGGGGGUCGGAAGGCCCCUUGGAGAGAAGCUCAAGGGAAGAAGAAGUGGGAAAAAGAAUUAAACUACCAGUUUGAAGUUGUAGAGAGCUCUGGCAAGCCUCGCAAGUACACUGUGAGCAUGGCUGUGCCAGCAUCCAUCCUUGUGGAAACCUGCAUCAUGGACAGCCUCCGUACCUACGUUGUGGGCCAGAUAGCACGUGCUGCCAACAUAUACUCCAUUGAUGAAAUUGUUGUGUAUGAUGAUAAGUGUUGGAAGAAGGAUGUCACCAGUAAAGCUGAAAUUGAAGACUUUAUUGAGAUGAUGCAGCUGUUGCUGGAGUAUCAGGAGUGCCCACAGUAUCUGAGGAAGCACAUGUUCCAGUUUCAUCACCAUCUAAAGAAUGUUGGAGUCCUCAAUGCCCUCAACUCUCCACACCACCUGCGGGCCAACCAGUGGUGUGAGUACAGGGAAGGUGUGGUGCUGGAAAAGAGUAGCAAGUCUGUGUCAUAUGUAGACAUUGGUCUUGGCAGAGAUGUUUCUAUCAACCAAGCCUUGCAGCCUGGCCUGAGGGUUACAGUUCAGCUGCCACCUGAGGCCCAGGAGAUGAAGCGACCUUAUGGGAGUGUGGUGUCUCCCAAUGAGCCGAGGGAGAAAGCUGGCUACUACUGGGGCUACACAGUCCGAGUGGCAAACUCUCUCUCUGAGGUUGUUGCUGGCAGCAGAUUUCCUGAUGGCUAUGACCUCUUGAUUGGAACAUCAGACAAAGGAGAGGACAUAAGGAAAGCCACUUUUCCAAAGUACACACAUGCUCUCAUUAUCUUUGGAGGUGUCGAAGGUUUGGAAUCUGCCAUUAAAGCUGACACAGACCUUGAAGCAACGAAACCCAGCCACCUCUUUGACUUCUACAUAAAUACCUGUCCUCUGCAGCAGAGUCGCACUGUACGCACAGAGGAGGCAGUGCUCAUCUCCCUCUGUCAGCUACAGAGCAAACUGAUUGAUACGCAGUAAAUAUUGGAGAGGCUCCUGCUGGUAUGUUUGGUUUGAUUUUGUCUGUUACUGCUCCUUCUUCCCUUACAAUGUAUUCUUUGCAUAAAGACUAAUUUUCAAGUGAACUACAUAAUGGUGAUUGUAUUUUAGACUUUAUUCAUUAUAUAGAUUGUCCUCGCUUAGUGACAGGGUUAUGUUCGUGACAUCCUGUUGGUAAGCAAAAUCGUUGUUAAGUUGACACUCCCAUAACCCCCUGCCCUAUUUAACACCUCUUACUGAUGGUAUUAGUAUUGGGUUAGGCCUCAAUAAAAACUACAACAUAGAAUAAUAAUAAUAAUGAUAGUAAUAAUAAUAAUAAUAUUGCUGACUGUAAUAAUCAUUAUACCAAGACAUUGAGUUAUCAGUGGGGGCUAGGGUAUAGGAGAGAUGAGGGAUUGGCUGAAAGCCUGCUAUCAUUUGGACCAAGUUUUUGUAUGACAUACAGUAAAUACUACCAUAUAUUUUGGUGGAUAAGAUAUCUCCCAAAUUUCAGUCGGAAUUAAUGGUGUUAGGUGAUAUUUAUUGGUUGUAUAAAAUGAUACCCCAGCUACCAAGGCAUCUGUGGUGAAGUGAUGUAUUGUACAUACCAGUACAGUGAAUGAAAUACCUUGAAUGUAUUACCAGUAAUAAGAUAUAGUCUUCAAGCACAUAGCUGAAUCUAAAAUGAAAUUUCUGUUGGAUAUUUUGUACCUUAUGAAAAAGGUUGGAUGGAUAAAAUCUAUAAAAAUUAGGUGCAGUACGUGUGUUGGGCUGUUGGCCGUAAUCUUCUAUACAUCAUGUUUCUCCAAGUAUUUUUCAGUAUAUGAGCUUAGUCUGAAGGUAAUUGUUUUUGCAUCUGGUAUAUAGUACAACAUCCUUUAUUGUGUCUUUUUAGGAUAAUUCAAUUGUCAUCUUGUAUGCCAAAAUAUGUGGUAGUUUUUUUUUAUAUUGUUUUUACUAUUCUUUCUAAAUAUUCCAGUCUUUGUAUAUCUCUGAGUGGUCAUUUAGUAGGACAGUCAUUAAGGGAUGACAGUUUGUAAUCAUGAGUGCCUUUUUUUUUUUUUUUUUUUUAUCUCCAGAACCUCUCUAUAAUGAGUGUCUCUGUAUGUAGCUUCAUAUUUUGUGUUACAUCACCCAUCAUCAGUUUAGGCACUAAGGAUCUAUUUUCUUGUGCUUUUAGAGAUAUCACAUUCUUUCACUUUACAUAUUCCUCUUCACUUUUUUAAGUAAUACCUCUUUACUAUUCUUAGUUUUAUUGUAUAUUCUUAUUGUAGUUAACUUGAUUCCUGUACUAAAUCCUCAUGAGGGCUUUAGAUAGCUUCAAUAUAUGUAUAUGUUUAUAAAAGAAUAUAGUGUAA